AUGGAAUCAUCGAUCUCAGCGAACGCGGAGAGUUCCCCCAUGAUUCCUAGUCCAGUUACAUCGGAAAUUGGGAAUACUACGAAUAAGACUCCUCUGGCUACACCAAACGAACACACCGCGCCCGCAGAGCUUGGGAAUCGUGAUAAAGUAUACCACGCCGUUGAACAGGAUGAAAUCGAGUUUCAAGGAUAUUCUGCGGAUCGAUCUUUUAUUCAGUGUCUAAAUGCGAAGCUAGGUGACUGGCCUGGCGGUGAUAUGACUUGGCAACAGCUCCCCUCUCGUAUAUCAGCGCCAGCAUUCUUUGAAGUCGAGGGUCGAACUCCCGCUCGAGUUACUUUACCUGAGAGAGAUAUCGCAGCCAGGCUGGUCGACGCAGCUUUGGAUGCACAGAUACUACUCUGCCUUGUACACCGACCAAGCUUUGAGGUUUCUUUCAACUUGGUCUAUUCGCUUGAAGAAGCCAACUACAGUGCCAAAGAGCAGAAAUUUCUACCGCUUCUCUAUGCCAUAUUUGCGUAUGGGUGCCUGGUCAUAGACCCCGGCUCGUACGGUCCCGGUUGUGAUAAAAAGGUGUCUCAAGGGUAUUGA